UAAGUCUUCGGAGGCUUCUUACUUUAUUGAAAGGUCGUUGUGGGUGCACAGGCUUGUGUGUUGUGCCCAUGGCCCGGGCAGGGCCAUCCCACAAGAGAGAGCUAAGAGUAGGUCUUGUGUCUUCCUGCUAGGCCGCUGUGUGAGUGAGGCAGAGGCAAGGGCAGGCAGGCUGGCGUGCCCACCGAGAGGCCUGGCUACAGAGGGCAGCACCUUAGUGACGCGAAAUAUGAACUAAGCUGGCAGACAGCAUAGGCUGUCUGUGCAGACAGUACAGGCUGUCUACACACCUUGUAGGCAUCAGAUGACCAUAAUAAAGUAUGAGCACACCUUGUAGGCACCAGAUGACCAUAAUAAAGUAUGACCACACCUUGUAGGCACCAGAUGACCAUAUUCAAGUAUGAGCACACCAUGUAGGCGCCAGAUGACCAUGUUCAAGUAUGAGCACACCUUGUAGGCACCAGAUGACCAUAUUCAAGUAUUAGCACACCUUGUAGGCACCAGAUGACCAUAUUCAAGUAUGAGCACACCUUGUAGGCACCAGAUGACCAUAUUCAAGUAUGAACACACCUUGUAGGCACCAGAAGACCAUAUUCAAGUAUGAACACACCUUGUAGGCACCAGAUGACCAUAUUCAAGUAUGAGCACACCUUGUAGGCACCAGAUGACCAUAUUCAAGUAUGAGCACACCUUGUAGGCACCAGAUGACCAUAUUCCAAAAUUCAGUCAUAAUCCUCCUCCCUUUAACCCUUCUUUCCCUCUCUGUCUGGGCUGAAGUACCCAUGUUAUGAACUUGUGAAUAUAUAUCACCCCACUUCUCUGUCCUUCUGUCUCUAGUCCCCCCUUUGUGUUAGUAUAUCUCAAGUUCAUCUGGCUGGGUGCCAGUUUUCUUUAGAAUUGGUGCAGGACAAAUUUGAAAACAGCUAUAGUAUUUCAUUCAAAAUAUAUUUAUUGGAAAUCCCAUGCCCAUUUUUUCCUUUUAUUUCUUAUAAAUAUCAGUUUAAACCAGGAAUAGAUUUGUUUCUAGAUUUCUUUCUUGUUGAUGACUGUAGGUGCAGUACAGUCCAUGUGUAGUGAGUCAGUGGUUUGUCCAUGUUUUAUUGUGAUUUGCUUUUGGUGUACAGUAUGUUCUGCUGAGAAAGUUAUUCAUUCUUGUGAUGUUUUAUGGGUCACUUAAUUCCCAUACCUAGUUUACAUUCAUCUCUUAUAUGCAGUCAUCAGUUUGUUUAUCAGCUUGUUGCAUGUCUUGCAAUAUGUCUUGUCUUCAUAUUUUACUAAGCAGGUGAACACUCAUGAGCAUCACAGCAAAGAAAAAGUUUGAACAAGAGUAAGGGCACACCAUUUCUUUCAUCCAUAGUAGUAGUGUUGCCUCUGACAACCCUGACUAGUCUCUCUGCUUCACAAUUCAAGUCCUACUAUUACUCUGACUUUUUAUAUGGUAUGCUAUCAAAUUCUUAAAAUUCAUGAGAACCAUUGAUUGUUUUAAUAAAUGUACAAUUUGAUUUUUCUUUUUUUCUUCCCACAGGAAUCUUCGGGACAUGGAUGUCUUAUCCAAGUCCGACCCUCUUUGUGUGUUGUAUUACCAGCCCUUUGGGUCAAAACAGUGGGCAGAGUUGAAACGAACUGAAUGCCUCCAAAACACGCUCAAUCCAGAUUUUGCUACAAAAAUCCCUAUUACAUAUCAUUUUGAAGAACAACAGCACCUAAAAUUUAUGAUAUUUGACAUAGAUUCCACCUCUCAGAAUGUUAACGAUCAUGAUUUUCUUGGAGAAUUUGAGUGCACUCUUGCUCAGUUAGUGAGCUCGCACACACUUCACAAAAAUCUGGUUAAUGCCUGUUAUGAAGGGAAUAACGGCUCUAUUCUGAUUAUUACAGAGGAGCUCGGUUCAUGUAAAGAGGAGCUUGAUAUACAGUUUAUUGGCCAGAAUCUUGAAAACAGGAACUGGUUUUGCUCCAUUAAUCCCUUUCUAGAAUUGUUCAAGGCAAAUGAAGAUGGGACAUUCACGCUGGUCCACCGCACAGAUCCUGCCCGUAGUACAAAAAACCCAGUUUGGAAGGAGUUUUCAGCUCCUUUACGAAGCUUCUGUAGCGGUGAUUAUGAUCGUAAUAUCCAAGUCAGCUGCAAAGAUUUCAAGAAAAAUGGAAAUCACAAACUUAUUGGCAGUUGUAACACCACAGUACGAAAACUGAUUGACAAGACAGAUUCUAGCACUACAUAUUGGCUCAUCAAUGAAGAAAGGAAGAAGCAAAAAGGCAGUAACUACAAGAACUCUGGAGAGGUGAAGGUCAGUAAGGCUCACAUUCGUCAGGUGUUCUCCUUCAUCGACUACAUAAAGGGAGGCAUGGAUGUUAAUGCUUUUAUUGCUAUUGAUUUCACAGGUUAGUUGAUAAAGAAUUUUGAAGAUAAACCUAAUUUUAUAAUGAAGUUUGUUGUCACUACUACUUACUACCUGAGGGAACAGUGCUAUGCACAUAAUCUGUCUCCAGUAUUGGAAACUAAAAUUUUUAAAUGCAGUGGUACCUCAAAUUUCAUACUUAAUCCGUUCCAGGAGCUAGUGUACUAAAGUCAAAACGUACUAAAGUCAAAGCAAUAUUUCCCAUAAGAAAUAAUGUAAAUCCUGCUGUCA